AUGGAUCGUCUGGAGCUGCAACAUUUAAUAUGGCUGGAGCUCUGCGGCGGACGUCACAACCUCGCGCCCAUUGAUCAAAUCAACGUGACACACGUCCUCGACGUCGGCUGCGGUACUGGCAACUGGACCAUUGACUUUGCCAACUUGCACCCCGAGAUCCAGGUCGUGGGGACCGACUUGUCGCCCAUCCAGCCCGAGUAUGUGCCCGUCAACUGCACUUUUUACAUUGACGACGCUACUCACGAAUGGUCCUUUCACCAGCGCUUUGACUACAUUCACGUCCGCGCCCUAACCAUGGGCAUCGCCGACUGGGACCGCCUCAUUGACCAGGCCUACAACUUCCUGCAGCCCGGCGGCUUCCUCGAGCUGCAAGAGUUUCAUAUCCCCAUUGAGUCGCCCGACGGCUCCAUCCGGCAAGGCAGCGCCCUGUGGCGCUGGGGCCAGGCCAUCCAGCGCGUGUGUGCCCGCCUCGGCAUUGACUCGAUGGGGGCGCUCAAGCACCCCGAGCGGCUGCGGCGGCGCGGCUUUGCAGCCGUCGAGGAGCUUCACCUGCGGGCGCCGCUCGGGCCCUGGGCCAAGGGCCAGCGGCAGAAGCGCCUGGGGUGGAUGGGCCGAAAGGACUUGUACGAGGGCAUUGACGGCAUUAGCAAGAAGUUAUUUGUCAUGAUGGGCGAGGGCACCGAGGACGAGGUCGACAAGUUCUUGGAGGAGUGCAAAAGCGAACUCAUGGAUUCGUCGGUAAAUUUGAAUUUCCCUCUCCAUCUAUCCCGUGACUUGGGCAGAAAGUUCCGAAUACAUCCAUGUAUGCCCCUGGACGUGACUUGGGGACAACGACCCUUUGAAAGCUAA